UUCACACGACUGCCAAAUCUAGUGCCUGUCAGGCAACACGCUAAGUUAGCAGUGUUACUUUGAAGCCUCGUAAUUAAAUUCAUGCCCGCAGCGACAUAGUGCAAACGUUUUUGAAACUAAUUAAAAACGAAACCUUAGAUUUGCUUUAUUCAACAUUUUCUUAAAAAAAAAAAAAAAGCCGCUUAAAGCUGUUCUGGGGGGCGGAGUGUCUGCAAAGUGUUGCGCCGAUUGGGGCGCUCCAUCGGGGGACGAGAGAUGGCGUGCUUGUUGGAGGCCCCUCUCCGCAUCAGUGUGCUGUCUGUGAGUGCCACUCUUACGUAUUGCAUUGGUAGUUUGUAGUUCCACUGUGCCCCCAUUCUUGUUAGGACUGCUUAACACCAACAAGUCAACACAAGUCCGGAGUCGUCAAACUAGAGCAACCGCUCGUGUCCUCAUGUUAGCAUACAUGCUAAGCGGUCCGCCUCCUGUGGGUGCUUACCUCCAAGAAGUCACUGCCACCAGUCGCCAUUAUGUGGACCGCCUGUUCGACCCCGACCCACAGAAUGUUCUGCAGGGAGUCAUCGAUAUGAAGAACGCCGUAAUUGGCAACAAUAAGCAGAAAGCCAAUCUGAUCGUCCUGGGAGCUGUGCCGAGGUUACUGUAUCUGCUUCAGCAGAGCUGUUCUAGCCUGGAGCUGAGGACAGAGUGUGCAGUGGUCCUGGGCAGUCUGGCCAUGGGCACAGAGAACAACAUCAAGUCCCUGGUGGACUGCCACAUCAUCCCUGCCCUUCUUCAAGGCCUGCUAUGUCCAGAUCUGAUUUUCAUUGAGGCUUGUCUUCGAUGUCUCAGAACGGUCUUCAUCAGUCCAGUCACUCCUGUGCAGCUGCUAUACACUGAUCCCACUGUGGUCCCCCAUUUAAUGUCCCUACUAAGCCGCUCACACAGGACGCAGGAGUACACCACGCAGAUCUUCUCCCACUGUUGUAAGACGCCGGAGCACCAGACUGUUCUGUUCAACCACGGCGCCAUUCAGAACAUCGCCCCAUUGCUAACAUCGCCCUCUUACAAGGUACGGAUGCAGGCGUUAAAAUGCUUCUCAGUGCUAGCUUACGAGAACUCUGCGGUCUCCAUGAUGCUAGUGAAAGUACUGGUAGAAGGAGAGCUGCUCUCUCAGGUAUUUGUAAGAAUGAUGCAAAGGGAUCAGCCCAUUGAAAUGCAGCUAACGGCAGCCAAGUGUCUCACGUACAUGUGUCGAGCAGGCGCCAUUAGGACAGACGAGAGCUGUAUUGUGCUGAAGACGUUACCGUGUCUGGUGCGCAUGUGCAGCAAGGAGCACCUGCUGGAGGAGCGCGUGGAGGGAGCAGAGACGCUGGCCUUCCUCAUGGAGCCAGACGUGGAGUUGCAGAGGAUUGCCAGCACCACCGACCACCUUGUGGCCAUGUUGGCUGACUACUUCAAAUACCCCAGUUCGGUGUCGGCCAUCGCUGACAUCAAGAGGUUGGACCAUGACCUGAAGCACGCACAUGAGUUGAGACAAGCCGCUUUCAAACUUUACGCCUCUUUAGGCUCCAAUGACGAGGACAUCCGCAAGAAAAUCACAGAGACGGAGAACAUGAUGGACAGGAUAGUCAGCGGCUUGUCCGAGUCGAGCAUUAAAGUUCGCCUUGCUGCUGUUAGAUGUCUACAUAGUCUUUCGAGGUCUGUGCAGCAGCUGAGGACCAGCUUCCACGACCACGCCGUGUGGAAGCCUCUCAUGAAGCUGUUGCAGAACGCGCCUGAUGAAGUUCUGGUCAUGGCGUCGUCCACUCUAUGCAACCUCCUGCUGGAGUUCUCACCCAGCAAAGAGCCCAUCCUAGAAUCAGGGGUGAUAGAACUACUAUGCAGUCUGACCCAAAGCGAAAGUCCUGCACUAAGAGUCAACGGGAUCUGGGCCCUUAUGAAUAUGGCGUUCCAGUCUGACCAAAAGGUAAAGGGGGAGAUCGUUCAGUGUUUGGGAACAGAGCAGCUCUUUCGCUUACUGUCUGACCCUGACGCCAACGUGCUGAUGAAGACGCUGGGGUUGCUCCGGAACCUUCUGUCCACGCGGCCUCACAUUGAUCAGAUCAUGAGCUCUCACGGCAAGCAGAUCAUGCAGGCGGUCACGCUUAUCCUGGAGGCGGAGCACAGCGUUGAGGUCAAAGAGCAGACGCUGUGCAUCCUGACUAACAUCGCUGACGGCAACACGGCCAAGGAGCUCAUCAUGACUAAUGACGACACGCUGCAGAAAAUCAAAUACUACAUGGGUCACUCCAAUGUGAAACUGCAGCUGGCUGCCACCUUCUGCAUCUCCAACCUCAUCUGGAAUGAGGAGGACGGUUCUCAGGAGCGGCAGGACAAGCUGAGGGAGUUGGGCUUUGUGGACAUGCUGCACAAACUCUCACAAGUGUCGGACGCCAACCUUAGUGACAGGGCCAAAACAGCAAUGCAGCAGUACCUGGCGUGACCACAGGGAGGAGCUGACCACCAGCACUCACGAGGAACCUGUGCCGGCGUUUGUUUGGCUUUUUUUUUUUGUUGCACAGACACUUUUUUUUUGGUUUUAAGACACAGGCCUCCCUUGUGAUCAUGAACGUUUUUGGAGACUUUCGCCGUCUUUUCUUUAUCAACAAUGAAGUGAAGUUUGGGGCUUUUUGAUGUGACAUUUUUGAGAAAGGUGAACUACCCUUGCCUUUUUGUUAUUUUAAAAUUUUUGUGAUUCAGGAUGGGACAUUUUUUUUCUCAAGGACUCGUUCAGAAGAUAAACACAGACUGCUUAUUUUGAAAUGUGGUAGUUUUCAUUCUUGAGCAGACAUACCUCGUAAAUAUAUAAAUAUAUAUAAAUAUAUAAAUAUCUAUUUUUGGAAUGUUAUUUCCUGCCCUCACCUUAUUUCACCUCUGCACACUCAUGUUUAGAAGAGAAUAUCAUGAUGGUUUUCAGCGUGCCUAAUAAAGUGGCACAUAGGAGCGUGUUUCCUCACCUUUUUUUAUGGUUUUCUUUGGUAUGUGUUUUAAAUUAAGAUUCAGGUUUGUUUUCAUGCUUGUUUUCAAGAAGUGUAAAGAUUCAUGAGAUUUGACUGGCUCCCCCCUGUGGACACUAAAGUGCAGCACAGUAAAUGCCUAGUGUCGUUCCUUUUAUCAUAUUUUGAGAAAAUAUUUUCCCUGUGAGUGUUUCCUAACAUUUCAAACCUCACUCGAGCUCUGAUGGGAUGAAUGUCAGCACUGGAAAUACAUGCAGUCUCCAACAAAAA